AUGGGAGUAACAAAGCUAGCAUGCAAACCCAAAACUCUGGUCUUCUCCUGCCUAAGUCUCUUCUCCCUUUUUCUUCUUCAAAGUGUCACUGGAAGAGAACUGAAGUGUGCUGUUAUAAUCUUUCGGCACGGAGAUCGAACUCCCCUUGAAGGCUUCCCAAAUGAUCCACAUAAAGAAAGUGACUGGCCCCAAGGAUAUGGACAACUUACUAAGAUUGGAAUACAAGCACAAUAUGAGCUUGGACUGUAUCUACGGAGAAGAUAUGCAAAAUUCCUUAGCUUUGAAUAUAAGCGUGAAGAGAAUUUCUUCGUCAGUACAGACUAUGAUCGCACAAUCAUGAGUUCCCUGGCCACUCUUGCAGCCCUUUAUCCUCCAACUGGCAACCAGAUCUGGAAUCCCCACAUCCUGUGGCAGCCCAUCCCAGUACAUGUGGUACCCCUGUAUCGAGAUUUUAUACACCCUCCUUUUCCUGGCUGUGCACGAUAUGAGAAGAUUCAGAAUGAAACCAUGGAAUCAAGCAUAUUUCAAAAAAUGUUACCCGAUAUGAAAUUCUUUCACAGCUUGGCAAAGUACACAGGUCUCGAUGUGGCCACACUAAAAUACCUAAAAAAUGGGAAAGCUUUGAAUCUCUACACUUCCCUGAUGUGUAAGAUUAUUCAUAAUUACCCUCUGCCAAGCUGGGUCACAAAAGAGAUACUGGAUGAACUGAAUAAACUGUCAGACUUGACUCAUGAGGCUUUUUUUGGAAUUUACAAGAAAAAUGAGAAAUCAAAACUACAAGGAGGUGUGCUUGUGAAAACUAUCCUAAAUGACCUCAUCGCUGCUACAGCCAGUGGGAAUAAACGGAAAUUAGUGGCCUAUUCUGCACAUUCACCCAGCCUUGCAGCCAUUCAAAUGGCACUUGAUAUUUACAGUGGGAAAGUGCCACCCUACACUUCUUGCCAUUUUGUGGAAUUGUAUCAAGAUAGCAAAGGGCAAUACACUGUGGAAAUGUUCUUCCGAAAUGACACUUCAAGGAAACCUUAUCCACUCCAUCUUCCUGGCUGUACACAUUCCUGUCCUCUAGGCAGGUUUGCUGAACUGGUUUCUCCAAUCAUAGUGGAUGACUGGGAAAAAGCAUGUAAAGAAUAGAAGCAAAACUCAAAGGGUUACAAAGUUGAAGACACUGAAGACAGGACGAACAUGUUUUCACUAAAAGCGAAACAAGCUCCCGAUCUUGCGGGAGAGGCGGGGUAAAAAUAAAAUUUCUAUUAUAUUCUAUUUCUAUAAAA